AGGGCCUGCCCGCCAGCUAGAAGCCCCAGCAGGGGCUUCUGGCCUGGGGCCAGGUGGCUGCCCCAGCAUGGGAACCUCAGAAGAAUGGGCAGUAAGAAGAAGGAGAUAUUGCUGCAGAUUACUAUCAAUAACCAGGAGCUGUGGGAGGAAAUGCUGUGUUUCAAAGGACUGAUGGUUGUUGACGUGUAUCAAGCCUGGUGUGGUCCAUGCAAAACAGUAGUGAAUCUUUUCAGGAAAAUAAAGAAUGAGCUUGGUGAUGACCUUCUGCAUUUUGCUGUGGCUGAAGUAGAUUCCAUCGAUGCUCUGGAAAAAUAUCAAGGAAAAUGUGAACCUACUUUUCUCUUUUAUGCAGGAGGAGAAUUGGUAGCUGUUGUAAGAGGAGCUAAUGCACCGUUGCUGCAGAAAACCAUCCUGGAACAGCUAGCAGCAGAAAGGAAGGUCCUAGAGCAUGGAGCAGAGCGUGUGGUGAUCAAGGAUGAAACCCUCUACAAAGAAGAAAAUCCAGCUGCCACUCAGAAAAGAGAACAGGGGGGUGAGCAGUUGCGGUGUCCAGAACUGGAUGCAGUACUCCAACUGCGGCCUGACCAGUGUCACAUAGAGGGUGAGGAUCACCUCCUUGGACCUGCUUGAGAUGCAUCUGUGGAUGCAUGACAAGGUACGGAUGGCCUUCCUGACCGCAUCCCCACACUGUCAGCCCAUGUUCAUAUUGGCCUCAGUAAUGACUCCAAGAUUCUUCUCUGCCUCUGCACUGAUGAGAAGGGAGUUCCCCAGCCUGUUGGUAUGCUGCUGGUUCUUCCCUCCAGGUGCAGUACCUUGCACUUGUCAGUGUUGAAACCCAUCCUGUUCUCAUCUGCCCACCCCUGUAACCUGUCUAGGUCCGAUUGCAGCCUAUUCCUUCCUUCUAGCAUGCCCACUUCUCCCCACAUCUUAGUGUCGUCUGCAAAUUUGAACAGGGUGCUUUUUACCCCUAUGUCCAAGUCACUGAUGAAGAUGUUGAACAGCGCAGGUCCGAGGACCGAGCCCUGGGGGACCCCACUGCCCACAUCCCUCCAGGUCGAGUGAGACCCAUCCACCACCACUCUCUGGGUGCAGCCCUCUAGCUAGUUAGUGACCUAUCUGACUGUGUAGGCAUCGACACCACAGUCCCCUAGUUUUUUAAUGAGAAUGGGGUGAGAGACAGUGUCGAAGGCCUUCCUGAAGUCCAGAAAGACUAUGUCCACCGCGACACCUGCAUCCAAGGAUUUGGUGACCUGGUCAUAGAAGGCCACCAGGUUGGUCUGACAGGACCUGCCUCUAGUGAACCCGUGUUGGUUGCCCCUAAGCAUAGUCUCCCCUGCUGGCCCCUCGUGUACAUGCGCCAGGAUAAUUUUCUCAAAAAGCUUCCCCAGGACCGAGGCAGGACUAACUGGCCUAUAGUUUCCUGGGUCCUCCUUCCUCCCUUUUUUGAAAAUGGGAACCAUGUCGGCCCUUUUCCAGUCUUCCGGCACAUCGUCAGAGGACCAUGAGUGCUCGUAAACCCAUGCCAGAGGUGCCGCAAUAACCUCUGCUAGUUCCCUCGGCACUCUGAGGUGGAGAUCGUCCUACCUUCCUACCUUUUAGGUCCUACCUUCCACUGAAAAUAACCCUAUCAAAUGUAAGUAUGGGUGUCCUUCCUUGCCAUGGAAGGAAUCGCACUGAAUAUUUGGCCCCAGAGAGCAGUGAGGUCCACAGGCUGACUGCACAAUAAUAAACAGCUUUCUGCUGAUCAGUAGUAAAUGUGUCACCUAUCAGUCCCCUUGAAUGUCCUUGCAUUCGUCUGCAGGGGCAUGCACAGGGGAAUACAAUCUCCAUCCUCACUGCUCUGCAAUCCUCUCUCUUAUCCCCUCUCUCCUAUCUCCUUUCAUAACCAAGAAGCCCUAGUCUUGCUAGGAGUCUGAUCAUUUUGUUCCCCUGCUAUAUCUAUUGCAUUGCUUUUGUGUUGGGUGACCAUGCUACGGUGUGCUAUUCCUUACAUACCCAAGCUUUUUUGACUGCUGCUGGCCAUAAGGGUCACAGAAAAUUCUGUGAAGUGUAUUAGGAUUUCAGAAUUUCCCCUCCUAUGUGCAUUACUUUGCGUUUGUCAACACUUGAGUGCUGUCUGCACAUUCCCCUCACCCAGAUCAGUCCUCUCAAGUUCCUCAAAGGCUUUGCUAUAAGAACCAGUCUGGCCUAAGGUGUAGGCCACUAGAGGAGGGCCAGAGAAAGGAGCUAAGAGUCCAAGGAACCUAAACUUAAGGGGAACUCUAGCAGAGUCCAAGUUACAGGGUGAGUUAGGGUUCUAGAGUCGGGGACUAAAUUACCUAAUUCCAGGGGGGAAUCUAGGGGCAGUCCAGAUCAUGGGAUGAAUUCAGGUUCUGGAGUCAGAAGCCAAAUUACCAAAGCCAAGGAAGGGGAAGGAUUUCUUAGGGUGUUUGGACCAACUAUGUAGCUGGGAUAAAGUUAGAUGAGUUUUUGAAUGCAAGAUUGCCACAGGUGGACUUAAAAUGAGGAGGCUGUUCUCUCCAGCAGCAAAUUGGGAGGCCCUAAGAGUGGUCAGCUGGUUCAUCAGCUGGGGUCAGGCUGCUGUUACAACCUCUGGUUUAGCCAACUGGACAAUUAGUUCUGGCUGGGCUGCCUGUUAGGGGCCCUGACAUUCUCCAUUUUUAACUUCAUUUCAUCAUUUUGAGUCAUCUACAAAUGUUGCUGCCAUUUCCACUCUGUUAAGAAAUUUGGUCAACAUCACCUGGCCUGCAUCAACAUCUGGUGACACCCAUUGCUGACUUCUAGCCAUGUUCAGUUGUGUCCAUUUACCCCUUCUCUUCCUUCCAUCUCAGCCAGUUUCUGGUGCAUAACAGCAUUUUGCCUAUGACUCCAGUGCCUCUUUGUUUUUCUAAUAGCUUUCUGUGAUGGGCUUUAUCAAAGGCUUUCUGAAAGUACAAACAGAUUAAACCCGGCAAUGCUAGAACAAAGUAAGUGAGAAAUGUUUAAAGAGUGAUUUCAAGAAAAAGCCCAGUUAUGGGUCAUCCAAGUUAUGUACCACAGCAGUGCCACAGCACUUUGGAUUUUCUAUUACCAUAGACAGCUUAAGUAAAUACUGAAGCAUGGGGCUGAGAGAGCAGAAGACUCCUCCAUUGUAUUGCAAGUUGCUUACUAAUGCAUUGGCUGAAACAUGAACCUUGUGAUAAAUGACUGUACAAAGCUAUUGGAAGUUGCCGUAAGUUGUAUGAGCUUUCUCUUACUUUGCACAUUAUUAGCCUUCUCUCUUUUCCCCCCUGUCUCUGUUAGAGUAACGAGCCCACAGACCUCUGGGGUGGUUUUAUCUGUUGCCAUCUGGGAAAGGAGGAAUCUUACAACUGUUUUCCCUGGUAAACAUGCUGCUUGACCUGACGAUGUGGAUUUGCUCCUUCAUCUGGAGGUACCUGCACGUCUCCUAGGGUUUGCGGAAUGUGAUUAAAAACUGUUCACAGGG